UUACAAAGAUUUGUUUUCUUUUCUCUCUCAAUGUCUAGGGUUUAUCCACACAGACCUUCUCCUUCCUCUCCUUCACCUUACAUGAGUUCAAAGCUUGAAUCUUUUACAAUAUGGAUGAAAUCUCUAGUUUUCAACACUCAUGGAUGCACUGUCUACAAUUCAAAAGGCGAAAUAAUUUAUAGAGUUGAUAAUUACGACAAUAAAUGUGGCCAAGAAGUUUACUUGAUGGAUAUUCGAGGCAAUGUUCUCUAUUCCUUACGACAAAAGAAAUUACGAUUAUUUGGAUGCUGGGAUGGAUAUAAAUGGGAUGAUUGUAGUUCGAAUAAACAACUAUGGUUCCAUGCAACAAAACAUCGAAGCAUUUGUGUGAAUUCGUGUGACCAUAAGGGAAGAGGGUGUACAUACAAGAUUGUUAGAAUGAAUGGGAAACAAGGGUUCAAGAUUGUAGAUGAAGAUCAAGAAGGUGCUCUGGUAGCAGAGCUUAAACAAAAACAAACAACAACAGGAAUUAAUUUAGGAGAUGAUGUAUUUACAUUAAUUGUACAGCCCCAUGUCGACCAUUCAUUUAUCAUGGCAAUUGUUAUGGUCUAUGGGUUGAUUAAUAAUCAUAUUUGAAGAAAAAAAAAGUUUGUUCAAGCUGACUA